AUCUUGCAACACCGCUUCGUCGGUCGCAAACGCGGCAAGCUACUGCGUUCGAUGGGACUUGCUGAGAAAGACGACGUGCUGCACGUGAAGGAAGUCCUUCAGGACAUGAUCGAGUCCACGAAGAGACUAGAUGCAUUGAUGCAACGGUUGUGUCGAGCAAACCCCGAGCUUCGAUUAAACGCCUCCGCUGUAUGCCACCUCCAUGGUUACGCCAUCUCGUGCGCAGACUUGGAGCAACGUCGUGAGGAAUCCACUGCAGACACAUCCUUUUCCAGCUACAUUGAGCGCAUGACAAACGACCUUACCAAUGUAGCUCCGCAUGGGGGCUUCAAGCUCCCAUUGAAAUUGCUGGUCAAGGACCCCAUCGACUUGAACGCUAUACGAGACGUACGCGGCAACGACAAAGUUUCGUAUCGAAUCAACGACGUUGCCAUCGUUACCUGCACUUCGAUGAAGAAACUCAUCGAGGCCCUCGUCGCCCGCCUUCGUGCUAUUGACUGCACAUUAAGCGAUGCCGAUGUCGACAAACUAGCACAUUGCCUUGUGUUCAUUUGCCAAGACGCUGAUAGCCACAUCGCUCUUGCAGGCCAAGCCAUAUUUCCUUCAGUACUGGACGUCGAAUGGAAGACUGGGUCCAUUAUUGGUCAUAUUGGCGUGGAAAUUGGCAUUCAAGAGAACGCGUCGUGGGGUCUCGGCGUGUCAAUGGAGUGGCAUGCUGUCCUUCGCUGCAGAUCGGUCAAUGCCCCGAACGAGGCUCUUGGCCCAGUUAUUCGGGCACGCGGCGUUUGCAAUUUUUAUCGGGACGCAUCAUCUCCUAAAGACGUUCAAUUCAAAAUCACUCAUCACGACAUUUUCCUGAGUCAAGUGCCCACACCUACUGUGCCCCUCGCUUCUAUCGUUCGGUCCCAACAACCUCGUGUCCAGGCAGACCUUGUCGACGUCUACACUCUCCCUAACGACGUGGAUGCUGCGCCGACCCCGAUGAGUUUCCCAGCGUCGCUUGGGCGAACUCGCAUCAUUGCGUGUACCAGCAGCGCCGUUCAUACGUUGUUUCUGAGCGACUUGGGUCAAGUCUAUGCCAUGGGAUUGAGUCAGGAUGGUGCGCUUGGGAUUGGUGGUCUUGCUCCGUCGGCGGAAACUCCCCAAUUCGUCGAGUUUCCUGAUAUCCAAACGGUGGUCAUCCAAAUUGCCGCGGCCGGCAACGAGACAUUUGGAGCGCACUCCAUCGCGCUCACGUCGGAGGGCGUUGUAUUCACGUGGGGUGUGCGCAUUGCAUGCGGCACAGUUGGCGCUCCGCAAUGCGACCGUCCAGAACUCGUUCAAUUCCAGUCGGGAAAGGAGGUUGUGCCAGUUAAAUGUAGUCAAGUGGCAGCGGGUGUAUCGUUUUCGCUGGCGUUGACGGAUGCAGGUGAUGUGUAUGCAUGGGGAAAGUACCUGCACGGCCGAUUGGGGUUGGGACCUCCUCCGAAACGAGCAGCAACUGCUCGAGGUAUUCGACACGACCAACAGCUACAAAAGUUGCCCGCCGUCAUCCCCGAUUUAUCUGGCGUGAUCGAGAUUGCGUGUGGAGCAGCCCAUGCCGCGUGUGUCACCCAAGCAGGUCAGCUCUUCUUGUGGGGGAAAAACACCCACGGGCAACUUGGCGUCGGCCAUUUGUCCGACAUCUCCUCCCCCACUCUCGCGACAUUGCACCCUGCCGACAACAACCAUCACCACACAUCGUCCUCCAGCACCGCGACGCAAGGCGUUAAACACGUCGCGUGCGGUCGGGACUUUACUAUUGCGCUGGAUCAUGACGGGAGUGUGUGGGCAUGGGGGGCUGGGCUCACGAGUUCCGGACUACCUGACCUUUCUAUUCCACCAACGCCGAAGGAUCUGCCGCAGUGGACGUGGAUGCGUCCUUCCCGAGUCGCCGCGCUAGGCAAUCACUUUCAGUCUAUUUCGGCUGGUAGUUCGCAUGCUGGUGCGGUCACGACGCACGGGGAUGUAUUUGUCUGGGGAACAAUGCCUUCUGGAGUCAUCCAAGUUGUACCUACGCUCGUAUGUCCCACGCAAGUCGUACAAGGCAUAUCGUGCGGAGACAGGCAAACGUACGUCAUCGGAGGCGCCACGUUUCUUGGUCGAGCCAUGUACGAACUCUUGCGCCAUCGUCGUUGCAGCGACGUAGUCCUCCUUGUGUCAGGGAAGCGCCUUCCUGCCCAUCAAAUGAUCUUGUCGUACCGAUCACCCGUGCUGCGCAACCUCAUCGCGACGGAAACGCGCGAAUACAAACGCAACGAUAGCAACGUUCUCCAAGUUAUUUUGCCAUCGAUCCGAUACGACGUGUGUGCGCUCGUGCUCGAGUUCAUUUACACGGAUACGCUAUUUACACCCAUCGAUCCAUCGUCGUGCGUGCCUUCGGACCUUCGGCGCGCCGCGAUCGAACUGGAGCUUUCCGGUCUCGUGGCGCUUUGCGAUCGCUUUACAACAGUAUCUCUCGACGGUGCGCCAACGGCAAGCCCUUUGCCGGAGGCACCGCACACGGCGAUUGCAACGCUAGGCGAAUCCAUCUUGGAAGCCUUGGGCAGCGACCUGUUUGCUGACGUGGUGGUCGUCGCGGAAUCCCACCGCAUUCGAGCCCACAAGUGCAUGCUGACGAGUCGCAGCGAUUACUUUCGAGCAUUGCUUGGCAACGCCAUGCACGACUCGAUGUCGAUGGUUCAUGUGGAUGCGGCGUACGCUACCAUGCAACGCGUGCUCACGUUCAUGUACAGCGACAAGUGGGUGCGUCCCACAACAGAGGAAGCUCUUCUGGACGAUUUGGUGGCGGCUGACAAGUACGGCAUCGCCAGGCUCAAAGUGUUGUGUGAAGCGCAUGCGGUCGUGACGCUGGAAAACUGCAUGGAGCUCCUUGUGCUAGCCGACAUGAUCAACGCAUCGUUAUUGCAUGAGAAAGCGAUCACGUUCGUGUUGAAUCAGCUCCAUGUUCUGGCGGAAGCACCGUCGUUCAUUGAAUUCGCCCAGCAGUACCCCAAGCUCAUGCACGAGAUCAUUCAUCACCCGUCGACGAACAGCGACCGCAUGCUCUGGCGGUCGUGGGAAAUGAACGAGGCCAAAGCAGACACGCCCGACGAAAGCACGAGCGCAAACCCGUUGAUCCCGUUCGUGUUCCUUGUGGCCUUCGGAAUCAGCUACCUUCACGUGUCGGCCCAGUUGCCUCAAUUCGGAUCGUACAUCCCUCUCGUCAACGCCGCUGCCUUCGUCGCGCUCUGCGUAUAUUGCUUCCGAGACCUCAUCCAGACGUGACCUCAUUCUCCAUGCGACGACCGAAGACGGGUGAUUUAUGAUUAUCCGGAAGGCGGGAAAAACUCGAUAACAUUUCACAAUAAAAAGGUCCACAUGCCG